AAUGUUUUUGUUAUAAACAGAGGCGAUAAAUUUUUCCCUGCGACCCAUUGAGUUAAUGUCUACCUACCUGAGCAGAAGGGUCGCUAUUGUGUAUCUACAAUGAUUAUAUUGCGAAAUGUUUUUAAUACGUUAAAACCAGCGCGAAAUUUAAUAUUUGAUUAUAAUAGAAGAACCAUGUCGUUAAGUAAUGUUCCAGUGUUGUAUGGAGAUGAGGCAUCUCCACCUGUAAGGUUCGUCAUGAUGACAGCAUCCAUAUUGAAAAUCCAGCUGGAUUUUCGAAAAGUGGAUUUGUUUUUGGGAGAAAAUAAAACAGAGUUGUAUUCCAAGAUAAAUCCACUACAUAAAGUUCCUGCACUAGAUACAGGGAAGCAGGUAAUAUGCGAUAGCCAUGCUAUAGCUCUCCACCUUUGCCGGCAAAGUAAACACCAAGACCUGUAUCCCGAAGAUAACUUUACAAGAGCCAGAGUUGACCAGAUGCUGUUUUUCAACUCUGGCCUUCUGUUUCCAGCUGACAGCCUAAUUUUUACAGAAUAUUUUGCCGGCAAGCCUGUGAAUACGGUCAACGUGGAUCAUUGGUAUAGGCUGUUAAGUUACUUGGAAGGGCAGCUGAGAAGUCAGCCUUGGCUAGCUGGCGAAAAGAUGACGCUGUCUGACUUGUGCUGCGGUACUACUAUAAGUUCAUUGCAACUUUUAGUGCCAAUAACGGAUCAACAUCCUAAAGUUAAUGAGUGGAUGAAGAUACUUCAACAGCAACCUUGCUUCGAAAUUAACUUAAGAGGUUUAAAACGUCUGGCUACUAUGGUAGAAAAAUAUGUGACUAAUUCUAAACAAUAAAGUUAUUAGUUAAA